CGGGCAUAUCCUCUGUUGUCCCGGGACACCGAACCUGGCUCACCCGAGAACAGUAUCAGAAUCCAAUAUUAAAUCAUGUUUUAGAAUUAAAGUUUCAAAUAUCAGUAUCAGAAUCCAAUAUUGUAUCAAACUCAUUUCUCACAGAUAAGGCACCAAGAAACACGCACACAACACACACUGUGUGUAAUCAGGCCUGCAGAAAUGGCUUACCUUCGGACGGCCAUGGAUUCAGAGUAUUGGGACCUAAACAUAGCAACCCCACAAAGCCUUCAUGGGUCGGCUCGAGCUGUGCCUGGCGAAUCAAUGCCACUUGAUGGGACUAGAGCCAGUCGAGCCCUCAGGAUUCAGCAGCUUUCUUUUUUGCGUAAUGGGUUUCCUCUUGGUAUUAUUCCUGCUUAUUCUCCACCUCUUAAUAAAGAUUUGGGCCACUUUUCACUGCAGUCUCUGCUCUUCAAGACUGUUUCUUCUAAUUGGUGGAUUGGGUUAGUUGGGCAGAUUCGUCCAAAGAAGCUAGUAGCAGCUAUUGAUAGAGAUGGAUCAGAGUCCGAAGCAUAUAAAGAUAUUCCAAAGAGACUCUUGGAUAAGUCACUUUAUUCCAUCGCAUUGUGCUCACAGCUAGCUGUGACACCCAGAACUUCAGUAUUCUUGAGCACUGAAGGGCAAGGUGAAAAGAAGAAACGCAGCACAAAGGCCAUGCUCUUUCAUAAGCUCCCUAAUCAUGAUAUUACUUUGGAAGCAGCAUGGCCUGAGCUGUUUGUGGACCAGAAAGGAAAUUACUGGGACGUGCCUGAGUCAAUAUCCUUAGACUGUGCCUCCGUCGUGUCUGAAUCUGGGCUUCGGUAUCGUCUUGGUCUACACAAUAACAGGGGAAAACCUCUAGCUGAAAAUCUCCUUGACGAUGAGGCACCUCCUGCUCUAAUGCCUGGAUUAGCGGCAAAAGCUGCCUUUUCUUAUGAGAAAAGCAGGGAUAUUUGGAGGGCUAGGGAAAAGAAAGAGGAUUGUAUUGUAAAGACGAAAAGAGGAGAGCUCUGGAGGCCUGCAUAUGAUGUUCGACUCAAGGAGCCUCAUCUAGCCGUUUCUGGAAUUAUUGGUGGUACUUGCAGUGCCUUGUUCGCAAGAGGAAAGAGCUCUGCAUCUGUUGAGUCAUCAGAAGAUGGGAGCAGCACUUCUUUGGAUGCUAAGCGAGCUACUUCUCUCAAUUCUGAUUUGUUUGGGUCAGUUUGCUGUACUUUCCAACUUGGGAAAUUUAGGAAGGCAUUUGGGGACCUCAGUAGGAUAGAUGCUCGCCUGAAUAUAUCGUCAGCUUCUGCUUUAGCCAGAGCUUCCAACAUUUUUGGGAAAGCAACUGGUAACAAAGUGGAAAACUCACUGUCUUCUCCCAGGCUCAAUCUGAUCCUUCAGCAGCAGAUUCUGGGGCCACUUGUCUUUCGAGUAGACUCCAAGUUUUCACUUGAGUCAUCUUCACAUAGGAAAAUUGAUCCACGAUUGGAAGAUACUAUUUACAGCUUGAAUUACUCCCUAAGACUCCUGAGCUCGGGUAAAGUAGUAGCAUGGUACUCCCCAAAACGAAAGGAGGGUAUGGUUGAGUUGCGGUUAUUUGAGUUCUAAAAUAGUCCUGUUACUCAUUUUUGAAGCUUAGCGAGUGGUUACAUUCUUCAUUCUUGAAACAUGUUCUAGAGGAGAAGCCAAUUUUCUAGGCCAUUGCUUGUUGUAGGCAGCUUAAUUUUGUUAAGAGUCAUAUAUUCAGAAGUGAAAUGACAUGGUUCUUAUAUUCACCUUGUUUUUAAAUGGUUUAUUGGUUUUAGUUGGUA